UUCCGAUGUCCCAGACGAACAGGAAGUUUACAAUCGUUGUUGACACACGAGCUACACAUUUAGGUACAAUUUCUUAGCGAAAAUUGUUGCUUUUUGUCUAAACAAAGAAAACAUGGUUUGCGACAAUUGUGAGAAAAAGCUGGGCAGGGUGAUAACUCCAGACACCUGGAAGGAUGGAGCGAGAAACACUACAGAGAGCGGUGGGCGGAAGCUGAACGAGAACAAGGCUCUGACAUCUAAGAAGGCCAGGUUUGAUCCUUAUGGGAAGCCAGGAAAGUCAGGCUUUGGCAUCUGCAGAAUCUGCAAGAGCUCUGUUCACCAAUCAGGAUCUCACUACUGCCAGGGCUGUGCCUACAAGAAAGGUAUCUGUGCCAUGUGUGGGAAAAAGGUUCUGGACACCAAGAACUACAAGCAGACCUCUGUCUGACAGGCUUCUGACAGGCCACCAGGAUGACCGGAGAGAGGGAGAGGGGAGGAAGGUGUGCACGAGGAAUGACGACUUUAUCCUGUUGUUUAGACCCCCUGUCUAAAACACUCAUAGCAGAGUUGCAGUCAAGGGGUUUUUACUCUGUGUGUGUGUGUGUGUGUGUGUGUGUGUGUGUGUGUGUGUGUGUGUGUGUGUGUGUGUGUGUGUGUGUGUGUGUGUGUGUGUGUGUGUGUGUGUGUGUGUGUGUGUGUGUGACAGAUGUGGAGCAGGGUUUCCCUCCCUAUUGUAAAGCUCCUAUAAUUUUCAGCUUUGUAGCAGCAAUACGUGGCCAGCACUGUUCCACACACCAAAUCGGAGACUACUUUUAGUUUUAAUAGCUGAACUGAUGGUUUCUCUCCUGUUGUGUAAAAUCUGCUCUGAUACAGGAGUUUCCUUUUAUUGAUUCUUUGUGAAUUAUAUCAAGUGUUAUGUUUUGAGUGCAUAAAAAUAUUCAAUAUGUAA